AAAUGGCUUUGGAGUGUAACAGGUCUAAAAAGUACACAGCGACUCUCUUAAUUGUGUUUAUUUUGUUGUGUUUUUCACGCACUGCUAUGUGUAGACGAAUGUACAGAUAUGAGAGUCACGCGCGUGUUUCAGAAGCUACAGAGGAUCAGUGGUUUAUCCAGAGACUGGACCAUUUUAACGGAGCUGACACUCGAGUCUGGAAACAGAGAUAUUUCAUAAAUGACAGCUUCUAUAGACCUGGAGGUCCGGUGUUUCUGAUGAUCGGAGGUGAGGGUCCGGCAAACCCCGCCUGGAUGCAGCAUGGGACCUGGCUGUUGUACGCUCAGAAACUGGGUGCUCUGUGUUUGUUACUGGAGCAUCGCUUCUAUGGGAAGAGUCACCCGACAGAGAACCUGAGCAAUGCCAAUCUACAGUUUCUCAGCAGUCGGCAGGCAUUGGCCGAUCUCGCUCACUUUCGCACGGUCACAGCAGCAGUGCGAGGUUUGACUUAUAGCAAGUGGGUUGCAUUUGGGGGCUCUUACCCAGGAUCCCUAGCUGCAUGGUUCCGUCUUAAGUACCCACAUUUAGUCCACGCAGCAGUGGCGACCAGCGCACCUGUACACGCAACAGUCAACUUUCCAGAAUAUUUGGAGGUGGUGUGGAGAUCGCUUGCAGCAGAAAACCCGGAGUGCCCCCUGCUGGUGAAGAAAGCAUCGGACACGUUGGUGGCACGACUCCAUGACCCAAAAACCUACGAUAACAUCACCAAAGAUUUCAGGUUUUGCUCUCAGCUACAGAUUCAGUCCAAGAUGGACUCUGCAUAUCUUUUGGAGACUCUGGCUGGAAAUUUCAUGGAUGUAGUGCAAUACAAUGAGGACAACAGGGCAUUUGAGGGUGCUGGGGGCACUAACAUCACCAUUAAAGUGUUGUGUGGUGUGAUGCUAGACUCAUCCCUGGGUGACCCAUACGACCGUUAUGCGGCGCUGGUCCGUCUGAUGCAGGAGAUGUUCUCUGAGUCUUGCACUGACGUCCAGUACAAAACCUACGUUCAGGAUAUGAGUAACACCAGCUGGAGUGGCCCAGCGGCUGAAGGAGGGCGGCAGUGGGUGUAUCAGACUUGCACUGAAUUUGGAUUUUAUCAAAGCACAGAUUCACCAAACCAGCCCUUCAGUGGAUUUCCCUUACAAUGUUUCCUGCAGCAGUGUGCUGACAUAUAUAAUCUGAGCACCUCAUUGGAUGAAAUAGUUCAGCAGACCAAUGAGGAAUAUGGAGGAUAUGACAUCAGAACCACAAGGAUUGUUUUCCCAAAUGGUUCGAUUGAUCCCUGGCAUGCUCUCGGGGUGACUAAGGACAUCACGGAUGAUCUUCCUUCAGUCUUCAUCAAAGGAACGGCACAUUGUGCUAACAUGUACCCAGCCCGAACAGAAGACCUUCCUCAGCUGGGUCUGGCACGGGACCGCAUCUUCCUCCUGCUCCAAAAGUGGCUGGCCGAGUGAUGGACAAUCAAAGUAGCCAUUCAUAUAAACAGCUUUGAUGACUGGCACAUCAUGUAACAUGUAAUGACCAAUCAGGUAUCUUUUUCCUCUGACUCGGAUAUGUCAUGGUAUUAAUAUAAUGCAAAGGAAUUUUCUUUCUUUUGAAAUCUGACUAUGUGACAAGUCUUGAUUUCACAAUGAAUGUCUUUGUUUAUAAAAGUGUAAAUUACUGUUUUUCGUUGAAUCAACUUUGAAUAUUUUGAAACAGAAUUUUUUUCAAUAAAGCUGAUUUUAAGAGUU